AUGGAGCAAGAGCAACUCAAGCAAGAAAACGGAGAAGAUGACGGUUUCCAGGACGACAGCUUUCAGGAUGACAGUAUCGAAAGUCUAGAGGAGAACGCUCCUACAUGUCCAAUCUGCAGUGUCAGCCUGGCUGGAGUCGCUGAAUCAGAUGCUGGCGUCCAUGUUAACAACUGCCUCGAUGGCAAUCCCACACCAUUGCCCGAAAAAAAGGACAAGCCCUCGCCAGUCACUAUUUCCUCAGCACACUUCAAGAAGCCUGUCCGGCCAGCAAAGCCUGCUCAAUCACAACCCCUCGGCGCCCAUACCUCAAGUUCUGCCUUCUCGAAACUCAUGACCAGCCGAUCCGAAGAUAUGGCAUGGGCCAAUGCUGCCGCUGCCGAAAAUGCUUCUCGUGGAAAGCCAAGUUACACACGCACAUGUCCUUUCUACAAGAUCUUACCUGGCACCAAUAUAGCUGUCGAUGCUUUCAGAUACGGCGCUGUCGCUGGUUGCAACGCCUACUUCCUGAGUCAUUUCCACAGUGAUCACUAUGUUGGUCUCACGAGCACCUGGACACAUGGCCCUAUCUAUUGCAGUAAGGUCACUGCAAACCUGGUCAAACAACAAUUGCGCGUCAAUCCCGAGUAUGUCAUUGCUCUAGACUGGGAGAAACCGACAGAAGUGCCAGGUACACCUGGUGUCAUGGUGACUAUGAUCUCAGCAAACCACUGCCCUGGCUCAUCGUUAUAUCUAUUUGAGAAGCCUCUGAGUAAAGGACCGGACCCAAAGCUACAGCGCAUCUUGCAUUGUGGUGAUUUCAGAGCGUGUCGCAUGCACCUGCAACAUCCUCUGCUUCGACCAGAUGUGCAAGACCAUAUUACAGGAAAGAACAAGGAGCAGAAGAUCGACGUCUGCUACCUCGACACGACCUACCUGAACCCCAAAUACGCGUUCCCCGAGCAGGAAGACGUCAUCAAAGCAUGCGCAGACAUGUGUGUGAGAUACAACGACGACCCUCUAGUCCUCGACUCCCUCAAGUCAGAAAGUGCAGGCAUGGCAAACUUUGUCCGCAAAGACUCCCAGCCAACAUUCAAGCAAGAAGACUCUGAACUCGCCAUCAAGCAAGAACCUUCAGAUACGACAGAACUGAAACUCCACAACAACGGCAAGCUGACUAGCACAAAAGCCGCUCGAUUGCUGGUUGUGGUAGGCACCUACUCAAUCGGCAAGGAACGCAUCUGCAUCGGCAUCGCCAAAGCACUCAAGUCAAAAAUCUACGCACCACCAGCUAAACAGCGCAUCUGUCGUGCUUUGGAAGACCCUGAAUUAAGUGGCUUGCUCACCACAGACCCCAGAGAAGCUCAAGUACACAUGACACCUAUCUUCGAAAUCCGCGCCGACACCCUCGACGAUUAUCGCCAAGGCUACGCCGACCACUUUGACCGCUGCAUCGGAUUCCGCCCCAGCGGCUGGAACUACAAACCACCCUCUUCUCGCCUCGAUACCCCCAACGUCGCCAACAUCCUCUACUCCACCUCGUGGAAAUCAUCCUAUUGCAUUAAAGAUCUUUCGCCACAACGAGGUAGCACGAACAGAGCAAAGUGCUUUGGAGUGCCCUACUCUGAACACUCGAGUUUCCGAGAGCUGAGCAUGUUUUGUACGGCUUUGAGGAUUGAAAAGAUCAUUCCUACUGUUAAUGUCGGGAGUGCGAAGGGCAGGGAGAGGAUGAAGGGGUGGGCGGAUAGGUGGAUUGCGCAUAGGGAGAAGAAUGGGUGUUUUGAGGUCAAGGAUUGGUAG